CAAAAAAUGAUUCUUGCAAAGCUGAUAACUCCAAAAAACCUAAACCUCUGCACCUCACAGUUUUGUCGCGUUCUUACAAUAGUUCGCGAUGCUAAAACUUGGUAUCCUGACGAAGAGUUCUUCAAGCAAUUCGAUGGCCCUGUUAUGUAUCCCAACGAAAUCACAUCAAAAUGGAAAGUGGCUCCUUGGAAUGGUAAGAAAAGGCCGAAGGAGAUGAAAGUUCAGAAUAUGGUUUUGAAUUUUGGGCCUGCUCAUCCUGCGGCUCACGGCUGUUUGAGGAUGAUAUUGAUGUUGGACGGUGAGGUUGUCAAACGACUUGAUCCUCAUAUCGGACUUUUACAUAGAGGCACCGAAAAACUCAUCGAAUAUAAAACCUACACUCAAGCCCUUCCAUACUUUGAUCGUCUAGACUACCUUUCUUGCUUGUCAAACGAACACGCAUUCUGUUUGGCCGUUGAAAAAUUACUGAAUAUCGACAUCCCAAGAAGAGGAAAGUAUCUGAGAACACUAUUUUCCGAAAUCACCAGACUGAUGAACCAUUUGGCAGCUACUUCAUUCUUGGCUCUAGACGUUGGGGCAAUAACGCCUUUGUUUUGGUUUUUCGAAGAAAGAGAAAAAUUGUACGAAAUUUGCGAAAGAGCUUGCGGGGCUAGAAUGCACGCAGGGUAUUUCAGAAUAGGAGGGGUCAGUCAGGAUAUACCUAUUGGUCUUCUACACGACAUUUAUGAAAUCGUUCAUAAAAUUCCUGAGAGGAUUGAUGAAAUGGAAGAUGUUGUAACUAAUAAUAGACUGUUUGUGGCCAGAACGAAAGGAAUAGGAGUGAUAGAUGCCCAUGAGGCUCUAAAUAGAGGAUUUUCUGGACCGUUGCUGAGGGCCUCCGGAAUAAAAUGGGACCUCAGGAAAUCUCAGCCCUAUGAAGUUUACGACGAACUAGAAUUUGACAUUCCUAUCGGAGUAAAUGGAGACAUAUAUGACAGGUAUUUAGUGAGAGUCCACGAAAUGAGGCAAUCUUGUAGACUUAUCGAACAGUGCCUGAACAAAAUGCCAACGGGAGAAGUGAAGAUUGACGACCAUAAAAUCAGCCCCCCGAAACGGCAUGAAAUGAAGACCUCAAUGGAAAGUAUGAUUCAUCAUUUCAAGUUAUUUUCCCAAGGCUUUCAAGUACCACCUGGUGAGACUUAUACAAGCAUUGAGCAUCCAAAAGGUGAAUUUGGAGUCUACUUAGUUUCUGAUGGUAGUUCCAUACCCUACAGAUGCAAAAUCAGAGCUCCAGGUUUUAUUCACUUGUCAGGCAUGGAUUAUUUAGGCAAAAAUUCCUUUCUGGCUGAUGUAGUCGCUGUUCUUGCUUCCAUCGAUGUGGUUUUUGGAGACAUCGACCGAUGAAUACUCACCAAGGAAUUAUGAGGUUGGGGAUUAUUUUCAAUAAAAGCAACUGUUUAGAUAAUAGAUAACCUUUUUU